AACCGUGUGAUUCGUCGGAGUUUAAAUAAUAUUUGGACUGCAUUAAAUUUAUUUUGGAUGAUUCAUAAAUGACCAUUAUUUAUUUAAACUUAACCCAAUAGAGUAAAUGACAGAGUAUUUACUUUGAAUACCAAAAAAAAAUCACUGGUAACAUACACAGGAACUGUAACAAAAUUUGUUUGUCUUACGAAGGAAAUAGUAAAAUAAUUAUGGAGCUUGUGAAGAGGUCAUUUUUACAAAUCACAUGACGUAACAAUAAAACUUUGAUCAAGACAAACAAACAAAAUAAUUGCGCAACUGAAUUUCGAAGCAAAACAAACAAUUGAGAGAAAAGAAGAAUUAUUACUAUAAUUCACAUGGUAGUUAUUUAAUGUGAGAGACACGCAUUAUGUUAUACAAUUUACUAGGUGGAAAAUGUAGGAGCGUAAUACUUAUGAUGGGCGCUCGUAAAUUUGCUGCUGGAAGAUUUGAAUAGGAAAUUUCAAGAGGAUUUUACAUCUAUUUAUUCAACGGUGAACAAUAAACGUUUGUGCACACAAUAGAACUUUGUAGAGGCGAACGAACCCAAAAUGGUGAUCGUGAAAUUAUAGAGAAAUCCAAACGAAAACUGUUCGAAGGCGUGAAUGAGUAAUGCGAUUAUGGAGUCCACGAAGAAUCGGUGAUUCUUGCGGAUGUCGAAUUGAAUUUGGAUCGGAAUUGGCAGAUAGUGUACCGGUAAGCCGAGAUGACGCGAAGGAAGCUAGUGUGUGGUAAAGGGACUAUAGUUUUGUUUUUAAUUGUGUUUACACCGUACGUUUUAACGCGGCCACAAGACGAGCAAUCAGUUGACAAUUCACAGACAGAAACAUCACAAAACAUAAGUUCCAGAUCAACAAGCUACAAAGCAGCGGACAUAACGAGUGAAGAUUCAUCGACGGCUGUACCUAAUGCACCUAAAGUUCUCAAAUCCAAGGAACCGAUUGGAGAUGCCCUUCAAGAACUAGCCAGCCAACUGCUCGAGAAAACCGAGAACACGUCCGAACAAGUAAUCGCUGAAAGCAGAGUAUCCACAAAACUAAAGUUUCCAAAUCAAAAACACAAAACAAUACAAAACGAAGACGAUGCUUUGUAUAAUGGGCAUGCAGGAGAGGCAGUUCCCAUCACAAUCGAAGAUCUUGAAACUGAGAAAACCAGCGAUGUGAUCAAUGACUCUGCUACUACCAAGGAAGGUAUAUCUACUUGGGUCUUAGUGAGUAGUCCCACGAAUGUGUCUUCAGUAUCCACGGAACCUACGAAAACGGAUGAAGUUAAGAAGUCAAAACCAACAGGAAAUAAAAAUAAAAAACGACCUUCGAACAAGAAUCAGGCCAAACGUCCAAUUAUAGCGAGCAGUAACAAAGCUGAUUUGAUUGCGGCGGGGUCGGCUAUCAAUGAAAAUGUUUACAAUAAAAUCAAAGACACAGUCCUGACAAAUGUGCAAAAGAACAAAAAUGCUAACUCUCAAAGAACUACUACUACCACAACGACCCCGGUUCCAACGGAAACGACUACAACAACGAAAGAAACAACAAAAGCCCCCGUGACUAAAACUAAAAACAAAAACAAAAAUAAACAAAAAACUACCACAACAGAAGCUCCGAGUUACGACGACUCAGCGUUAUUGCCGAUGGAGGCCAAAGAAUCAGAAAUUGAAGUUGAAAUCAGUACCCCGCCAACGACAACCAAAAAACCUAAACGAAACACUACACGCAAGAAGAAUAAAAAACGAAAACCAAGUGCUUCUAAGCCCACAGACGGUACUGGAGUCUCAGAUAUCAAAGCAAACAACAAAACUAAAACAUCCAAACCUACUAAGAAACCCGAAACCGGUGCAAUCACUACGCAGCUGUACAAUUAUUUCUCUAGAGAAGUAAUGCCGUCCGUUGGUGUUGGAAUGAUCGGGCUUGCAAGUUUAGUAGGCAUAGCAAGCUACUUCUUCUACCCAUUCUCUACACCAGUCCGCAGAACCUUCGAGGUUGACAAGAAAGACGACCUGUAUAAAUACAAUGCAGAAGAGUACGCAAAUGACGGUAAUGGUCAACCCGAGGAAGAGAUGCUCGGAACUGUAUUAGCCGGUAUGCCUUCUCAUUCAAAAUACAAGCUAAACCCUUAUGCUGGCCAAACGGCACAAGUAAAUCGCUAUCCAGUUAAGAAGGAACAAGAUUUGAGGCAUCGACACGUGGCUGCUUACGAUCCUACUAACAACAGAUAUCCACAACAGAAAACCGGUAUAGCACAUGGCGCUGUUUACCCGAAACCCGUCAAUUAUGGUGUACAGUAUGAAACACGACACGUUUACACCACUGAAGGCAAAUAUAACUAUGAAAAAGCUCAGAGCUACACUCCGUAUCCGGCAGUCGAGCCGAUUUAUGCCGCACCUCAAACCGGAUCUGGCGUUUCUGGUUACGGCGGCGAUACAUCCAGUUCAGUAGUAUACGGAAUCAAGCCUGGCGAUGAAUCCGAUUUCAAACCAGUGUAUCCGUACGACGGACAAUUUUACGGUGAGUCGACCAGUAGUCCAGCUACUUACGCUCCAACUUCAAUGUAUUUAGGCUCCAAUAGCGAAACGCAAGAUGACAAUGCCGAUGAUUUAAGCGGUAAUGAGUCGGAUGAAAACAAAUUUGUUGUCGGGAAUGUGCCUAAGGAACUAAUGGACACAGCUACCCCUGCGGUAGUCCGCGAGCACGGCCCGAGAAAACUGAAAAAGCGUAGCAUUUCCACGUCAUUGGAAGAAAUAUUGAGAGCCGAAAAAGAUAACAACAUAUUCAUCAGUAAUGAAAUUGACGAUACAUACAACCCGCCAAUCAGAAACCUUGCCUCGCUAGAUACGAAUGAGAUUGGAAAACCUAAUGAAGUUAUACCGAUUUACCCUUUAUCUGAACCAAUCAAAGAAGACAAUAACAAACAAAUGAUAAUUGAAAGCGUAUCCACAAUUCCCGUUGACAAAGAAAGUACCACGACCGAAUCCAAUACAUCUGAAUUCACUACGAAAGCGUUCAAAGUUUACGAGGUGUUUACAACUGAUAAUACCGAAAGUCCUAAAGUCGAUAUCACAACAGAAUCCAAGGUUAUAGUGACAGAGACCGUAACGGACAGACCUGACACGUCGACUGUACCGCCAUCAUCAUCAUCUGUCAGCGUAGAUACAUCAUCUAUGCGACCGAAGCCGACCGACAGCCCUGACGUCAUCACCUACCCACCUCUGAACCAGGGCGGCGGCUUCUUUUCCUUUUUACGAAGGCUCGUUGAUUUUAAAUACAGAUUAGGCUUAAGCAUUCUGCAGAACACUUCAGAAUCAUUGAAUAGAUAUUUGCGUAGUAUGGAGGACACCAUGGAGAAGGUAGCUAAGGCUUCUAAUAAGUAGGUUACGCGUGUAUUUUGUAGAUUUUGGAUACUCACCGAAAACUGACUUUCAAUUAUUAUUGUAUGGAUGGUCUAUGGAUGGACAAAAAUGCUAUGUAGGAUUAAUUU